CGGACACAUGAACCAGUUACUUGUAAAAAUCUGAAAAGCCCGUUAUUCCGAGAAGAAAUAAGGAGCAGUGAUAGUAAUGGCGGUGAGUUUGUCUUACAGCGUCUUAAGCACCUCCCUCCAUCACUUAUCCACCCGACCUUCGUAUCUCAAACCCACCACCCCUCGCUACAUCCGCACCCUCGUCACUUGCGACUUGAAUUUCAACAUCACUUUCGCCCCUCCCAAGCCCAAACCCAAGCCCAUACCCACUCAACAACCCGACGAUUCUUCUUCCUCCUCUUCCUCUUCUUCUUCUCCCGAGGAUUUCGCCCAGCAACUGUAUAUCCCUUGGAUUGUGCGCGACGAGAAUGGUAAUCUCACGCUCCAAUCCACUCCUCCCGCGCGUCUACUCCACGCCAUUUCUGAUGCUAAGACUGGCUCUCCUGUUUCCACCAAGACUAAGAAGAAGAAGAAUGAAAAGAAGAAAGAGGUGAACAAGACGCCAGAGCCCAAGUACUCCAAAGCUGCUCGCAGGUUCUUCAAUGACAAUUUUCGCGAUCCCCCUCAACGCCUCAGCAAGGUCCUCGCGGCUGCUGGAGUUGCAUCAAGACGUACCAGUGAACAGCUAGUCUUUCAAGGUAAAGUCACGCUCAAUGGUUCCGUUUGCAAUGCUCCUCAGACUAAAGUUGAUCCUGCUAGGGAUGUCAUCUAUGUUAACGGAAAUCGUCUUCCCAAAAAACUUCCGCCUAAGGUCUAUCUUGCUCUCAACAAGCCAAAAGGCUACAUAUGCUCGUCGGGGGAGAAAGAGACCAAAUCAGUUCUGUCGCUGUUUGAUGACUAUUUAAAAACCUGGGACAAAAGAAAUGCUGGACAACCAAAACCACGUCUUUUCACUGUCGGCCGCCUUGAUGUUGCUACAAGUGGUCUCAUAAUUGUAACUAAUGAUGGCGAGUUUGCUCAACAAAUUUCACAUCCCUCCUCUAGUUUAUCCAAGGAAUACAUUGCCACCAUAGAUGGCACCGUCAAUAAGCGGCAUUUGGUAGCUAUUAGUGAGGGGACAAUUAUAGAUGGUGUACAUUGCACCCCGGAUGCUGUAGAGCUACUGCCACAACAGCCGGACAUAUCUAGAGUUCGAAUUCGUAUUGUGGUUCACGAGGGACGAAAUCAUGAAGUUAGAGAACUUGUAAAAAAUGCAGGACUUAAUAUUUAUGCAUUAAAGCGUGUACGAAUUGGAGCUUUUAGGCUUCCACCUGAUCUUAUUCUUGGGAAGCACAUGGAAUUGAAGCAAACUCAUCUUAAAGCAUUGGGUUGGAAGAGUUAGAGACCUAAAUAAAAAUCAUUUUCUGCAGUAUGCCACUCCUAUUGCUAUUAGGUGGAAGCACACUGAUAAGAUAUUAUUUAGAGUUUGCUCGUGUCUGCCAACUUUUCCCAUAUCUCUAAAAGUUCCUGUUUCCUCGCCAUAGGCAUUGGAUGAAGGAUUUGUAUGACGGGAUAUAUUUUGCUUCCCAUUCCUUCCGAGCCACAAAGGAAUAACAACGGUGAAGUCUAGGAUUGCCACUACAAGGUAUGAUGGUGAAAUCUGCAAAAGCACUAUGAUCAUGUAAGCAUAGGUCUUAGAUAGGCUGUAUUGUUGUAAGUGCAGGGAGUUGUACGAGUGAACAUCUGCUACAUGGUUAUGAUCCCGCUGUUCAAACUUGUAAUUUUUUAGUUGAACUAGUAUCCCAACAAAUCGAUUCCCUUCAUCCCUGGA